AUGUCUCAAGACUGGCACAACAGCCAGUACCGGGAUUCUUUCGAGGCGAAACGUUUGGGGAACUGGGAAAUUCCGAAGGAGAGAGACUGCACUCUCGGUAAAAAGACCAUGAUCGGCUUUACGCACUUCAUAGGAAACGACAGAGGACAUCUUUACGGAACAGCGAAAAAAAAUCCCAAAGGACCGUGGGGCGGAUAUAUCGAUACGUUCAACCUACCGAAGAAAAUUCCAGGACCGAGAUCCACCGUACCGACUUCUCGUCGAGCUGAAUUGGUGGAUAAAUUUAAUAAAGAAGCUAAGAAAUUUAAAGAUGAGCUGAUCGUUAAAGCACUGCCGUUGAAAGAAAAAUUAAAAUAUGAACUGAGAACUAAACAGCAGACCAGCAUCUACUCGUCAAACAAUGCCCAAGUUAAUGAUGAUGAGAUUGACAAUGGGAAUGCAUGCGAUGUAAAGGUUGCAGGCGAUCAAUCAAACAAAACAGCAUGUGCCGGUGACAAGGAGGAAUGUUCCAACUCGGUCGGCGAUGUUAUCGAUCAAUCGAACAAUGCAGUCGGAUGCGACGCACAAACCGACAACUGCGCACGUCCAAUAAAAGAAAAUUGA